CAGCCAGUUAAAGUCUUCGCCUCAUUCGAUCAAUCGCAGCAAUCAGAUUCGCUGCACCGCGCGUGGCGAAUUUGAUUUUAGUCUAAAGCACUCUGACAUGGAUGUUUGGUGAUAAUCUGUGCGUUCCUUAGGAUCUAUCUUUCGGAGCUUGCCGCAAAAUUUAAUAUUGCAGUCCCAAAGUCAUCAUGGCAAGCAUAAGAUAUCCCAUAAUAGCACUGGCACAGUGUAUCCUCCUCCACUCCAUCUCGGCAGACACACCUUUGGACUGGUGGCAAACGAGCGUCAUCUACCAGAUCUACCCCCGCUCCUUCAAAGACAGCAACGGCGACGGCAUCGGCGAUCUGAACGGAAUCAUCCAGAAGGCCGACUACCUGAAAGACCUCGGGAUCGGCGCCAUCUGGAUAUCGCCCUUCUUCAAAUCGCCCAUGAUCGACAACGGCUACGACAUCUCCGACUUCCGCGCCAUCGAGCCCACCUUCGGCACCAUGGAGGACUUCAUCCGUCUGAGAGAGGCCUUCCACUCGCGCGGUAUCAGAAUCAUCAUGGACUUCGUGCCGAACCACUCCUCGGACGAGCACGAGUGGUUCCAGAAGUCCGUCCAGAACAUCGCCCCCUACUCGGACUACUACGUCUGGGUCGACGCCAAGUACGUCAACGGGACUCGUACACCACCCUCUAACUGGCUCUCCUACUUCGAGGGCUCCGCCUGGACCUGGAACGAGAACCGCCAGAAGUACUACCUCCACCAGUACCACCUCAAACAGCCCGAUCUCAACUUCCGCAACCCGGCCGUCGUGAGGGAGAUGCAGGAUAUCCUCCGCUUCUGGAUGGACAUGGGCGUCGACGGGUUCCGGAUGGACACGGUCUGCACCCUCGUGGAGGACGACCGGUACCUCGAUGAACCACGGUCGUAUGCCGAGGGAUUGGAACCGACCAACGUCGACUACCUCCGCCACGAUUACACCCGCGACCAACCGGGGACCUACGACCUUGUCUACCGGUUACGAGCGUACAUAGACGAGUACCAGAAGAGCAGCAACAAAUCCGGUGGCACGAGGUUCGUGGCGACGGAGGACUACGCCCCUCUGGACGAGAAGAUGCGCUACUACGGCAACGCCACCCACGCUGGCGCCCACUUCCCCUUCAACUUCCUCCUCAUCACGGAGGUGGACCGCGAGACGAACGCCUUCCUCUUCAAGGAGAUCAUCGACUCUUGGUACGCGAAGAUGCCCGCCGGGAAGUGGGCGAACUGGGUGAUCGGGAACCACGACCGGCCGAGGGCGGCCACCCGCUUCGGGCGGGACAUGCUGGACAGCGUCCACAUGAUCCAGUUCCUACUCCCGGGUACCGUGAUCUCGUACAUGGGGGACGAGAUCGGCAUGCAGAACCCUUACAUCCGCUGGUCCGAGACCGUCGACCCUCCGGGCAUCAACAGCGGGAAGCGGUUGUUCCUCAUCUACUCGCGCGACCCCCAGCGAGCUCCGUUCCUGUGGGACGACUCCGUCAGCGCCGGGUUCUCGACCAAUCGCACCACGUGGCUCCCGGUCCACCCGAACUACUGGGACUUCAAUUUUGAAAAACAGAGGAAGAGUGCGAAGAGUCAUCACAGCGUGUACAAACGGCUUGUCCGACUCAAGAGUGUGCCGACGAUCCAGCGCGGUUCUCUUAAAAUUUACGCCCCGAGUAAGAAUAUCCUAGUGGUAGAGCGGUUCCUGGAGCCGAAUUCCCUGUUUUUGGGAGUGGUGAAUGUCGGGAGUUUUUACGAAGCGUUCGACAUGACUAAGCUUCUGCGCGUGCCGGAGAUCAAGCUCUCGGUCUACGCGUCGAGUAUGAAUUCUGAGUAUUCCGACAAUGAAGUUGUGGAUGUUGCUGCUGUUAAGUUGCGACCGAAGGCUGGCGUUGUUUUGACGAACCAAAAGAUUCCCUCGUGAUAAUUAUAGUUUUGCUCUCGGAAAGGCCGGGUUUUUGUCCUAAAAUUUUGCCAUAUUUGGCAUCAAUGUGUAUGAGUCAAUCGUUGUACCUUAUAGAUUCACUAAUUUUCUCUCAUCUUUUCAGGGAGUACUCAGGUAGUCAUUAUUCGUUUGUAAAUAUGGAGCUGGGACCGUUUACAUUUUUUUUCCCAUGCGUUACUCGAGGUCGGGUGAAGAUUCCCCGGUAAAAUUAUACUUUCACUUUCAAAAGGACAGGAUUCUGCAGCCUUUGCUUGCUCCGAAAUCUUGAAAAUUAUAUGUCUUAUGGCUCCAUGACUGCCAGCUGAAGUCCCCACUUUACGAACUUUUUGCUGUUAUUCUUUCAUCAAAAGUAAUACAAUGGAAAUAUGUUUGAUUAAUAUCUGUAAGUCAAAUUUUAGUUUUUACAAAAAACCAAUGAUUAAAACCUUGCGGUAGCGAACUAACAUCCAAAUUGACAAAAAAUUUCAAUAGAUUUAUGCUGUGUCCAUAAUUUAUACUAAAAAUAGUUGCAAGAUCUCCAAUGCUAUUUUAAUUGUAGCGGUGAGGGCUGGAAAAGUUAACUGUAUUAAAACACCUCAAAGUUCCACCCAAUAACUGAUUUUUUCAUAAAAAAUUUUCGUGGAAUAAAAACAAAAAAUCUAAAAAAAAAAAAAAUUCAAAAUAACAUUUGCAACUGUUCUGGAGCAAAUAAAUAACUCAUCAAAUGGACGUUUGUAACGUUGUGAUGUAAAAUAAGCCUCCCUGAAUCUUACUCUGAAAAGUAUCGAUGUCUUUGUGAAAUAAUUUCCAGGGGUGCUUACAUGUUCAUUUGUGUGAAUUGAAGAUAAGCCAAUACCUCUGUAAAAAUGUAGAGCUACAUAUAUAUAAGUUUCUAUUUAUAAUUUUGAUGGAAUAACCAAUGACAGCGUUCACGGGUCGGCUUCAUUUUAUUUUCAUCCCCACCAAAUCGUACACUCACAGCAAGCCACGCGAUUUAUAAUUUUAAAACUUUAAACAUUUUAAAACCACAAAAAAUGAUCUUAGAGAUUUCCUUCAAACUGAGGGAUGGGCAAAAAGUCUUACUUAUGUAUUCGAUUAUUUUCGAAUCAAGCCUCCUUUGACUUCUUGAGAAUUUUCUGUGCCAAGGACGAGAGGAGAAGCGGGCGAGUGACAAAACAAAACUUAUAAUUCUGUAAAAGUAUUAUCUCCAAUUGAAUAAGAUUCUAGUUUAGUUUCAAUUACUCUUUCCCAAAAAUCAGCUAGUUGCGAUUUUUCCUUUAUUAUCGAUGUCAAAACUCGAAAAAUGCGUGUCUCCGAUUGCGAUUUGUCAAUUUCUCACCAUGCCUUAUUUUUUCUUUUAAAGAGAACUGACCAAAUGUUAUUCUUGAAAUAUUCUGUGCAUUUUUGUUCACUCAGUUUAAAAUCUCCACAGGGAGUUUGAAUGGAAAUAGGUCAGCAUUUUUUAAAAGAAAAUAAGAAAAAUGUAAUCGGUGAUUUUCAACUGCUGCAUUGGAGCUUUACGCGCCCUUCGACUUUAGUCAUCGAUAAUCGGGAAAUAACUCUCUAAAAUAUUUACCUUUUCAUCAAAGGACCUCUAGACGUAUCUUCUUUACAUGUUCCAAGCAAAGCAGUCAAAGCAUAUUAUCGAUUGUGAUGAUUUCGUUUGUGCGUAUUAUGUCGGAGAAUUUCCCAAGCAGCACCUAAAAUGGUUCGAUCGAUCAAAUAAUGAGCUUUUUGUUGUAGUCUAUAUAUUUGAUGGUAUACGAUAUAUUUAAGUACCUAAUGAUAACUAAAAGUUCAUUAAAAAUGAAAAAUAUUAAGAGAGAGGAUAGUUAAAAAUUAUUUUCAUCGUAUCAAAAAAUACUAGACACAUGCAUAUCCAUCAAGAACUCCAGACGCAGAUUGCAUUAAACAGCUGGUCGCCGCAUAUUUUGUUACCACGGUGAAGAUUAUAACUUGAUGAUGAGUAUUUAAAUACUAUUUAUAUCUUUGAUUUGAUUUUUUUAUCCAAAUAUCUAAAGAUAGAUUACACAUUUGGAAACCGGUCUCUUUGAAAAUAACUUGCGUGUGUUGUUCCUUUAUGUUCCAUUCUAGUUUUUUCAUGUUACCUAUAAUUUUUUUAGCUAAGUAUAAAUGUGCACUGCUAGGAUUUUGUUUAUAGACUAAGAUGUAUGCCAACUGGUGUAUUGUUACAAUUAGAUUUGAUUUUGACAGCUCGUAAGUUGUAAUCGUGUGUAAAAUUAAUUUUAUAUGUGUAUCAAAAAAAAAAAAAAAAAAAAAAAAAAAAAAAAAAAAAAAAAAAAUUGAACCUACGAAUUACUUACCCUCUUAUCUUCUUUCGUACCGGUCGAUAAUACAAGAAAACAUUCUUUUGAUUGAGACUAUCAAUUUUUUCAUAAGAUAUCUACGUAAAGUAAAAAGUACAACGUAUUUCAUGCCAAUACGGUGGGUAAUUAAAUAAAUUUAUUCUCAGAGCUUGCCACAAUAUUAUUGAGAGAAAGGAAAUUUACAAUGAUACAUUUCAAAGGUUAGAAAACUCCUUGUAAAAUCGAACUUUUAAAAACGAUUGUUUGAAAAAGUAGGUGAAAGAUCCACAUGAGAUGGAUAAAAAGAAAGAAAUUGCUGCUAAUGUUAGUGUGCGCCGUAAUCACUGUGCGAUACAUCAGGAACUAAACUCAUCAUACUGUGACUUCGCUCAUGAGUCUACACGUACGCUCUUUCAAUUCAAAGCGAAUUACCUCAAAACUACCAAAAUUCGUUGACGUACGGUCUGUACGUGUAUACAGGUUCGUUUUUUCUGAAGAGAGAGAUUGAAAACUAAGAACUUUUCAUAUGAGUAGUAUAGUUUUCAUCUAGAGGACAAACUGACAAAACUAAAAUAAAACAAAACAAUAAAUCGAAGUCGACAAACCUGCGGUGAGAAAAGGAACAGCUACGGUAAGGUAUUUUGCAACGAGAAUUACCACGAACAAUUUCUUUCUAUGUGAAGAAAGCCCCACAAAAAUACAUAAAUAUACAAUCCUUUUAUAAAACACUGAAA